AUGGCGCCGCUCGUUGAUAAUCCGCAGAUCAAGUCGGCCGAGCUGCUGCGCCCGCUGCCGCUGUAUCAACACGCCUACGUCUGGCCUUAUGUCAUAGUUUGGCCUGUUUUCCUGCGCGUCUACCUCACCCAAGAACUCUACGACAAGUAUAUUGGCGCCCAGGAGUGGACGUUCGUCUGGAUCAUCUCCAUUGUCACCUUCCAGACCCUCACCUGGCUCUGCACCCACUGGAGCGUCAACCUCAAUGCUCUCUUCACGGCUAAGAAGGCUUCUUCGAUCGAAGAUGCCCAGCUGAUCAAGGUCAUUCCCGUCGCCAACGCCGGCGCCGCUGACAUUUGCAAGCUGGUCCGCGACAAGGUUGGCGACAACAAGACGAACAUCUCUUUCUUGUUCCAGAAACGUCGUUUCCUCUGGUAUCCCGAACGGAAGGCAUUCAGCACUCUCGAGUUCGAUAUCGAUGCCGAACCUAAGCCUACUCUGUCCAAGUUCCAGCUGUCCAGGGGUAUCGAGAGCGAAGACGAGUUGAAGCGUCUUGAGCAGCACUACGGCACCAACACGUUCGAUAUUCCCGUCCCCACGUUCACCGAACUCUUCAAGGAACAUGCGGUGGCUCCGUUUUUCGUCUUCCAGGUCUUCUGUGUUGGCCUGUGGCUGCUAGAUGAGUAUUGGUACUACUCGCUCUUUACCCUGGUCAUGCUUGUUGUCUUCGAGAGUACCGUCGUCUGGCAGCGUCAGCGAACCUUGACCGAGUUCCGCAGCAUGAGUAUUAAGCCAUACCCAAUCUAUGUCUACCGUCUGGGCAAGUGGACCGAGAUCCAGAGUGAUAAGUUGCUGCCUGGCGAUCUCGUCUCCGUUACUCGGACCAAGGAGGACAGUGGUGUUGCUUGCGACAUGAUUUUGGUCGAGGGCACUGCUAUUGUGAACGAGGCUAUGCUUUCUGGUGAAAGCACUCCCCUCCUGAAGGACUCGAUUCAACUCCGCCCCGGUGAUGCUGUCCUCGAGGUCGAUGGUCUUGACAAGAACUCGCUGCUUUGGGGUGGCACCAAGGUGCUUCAAAUCACCCAUGGUACCGCCGAAGAGGAGAGGCCGAAGCCUGCGUCUGGCAUCCCCCCUCCCCCUGAUAAUGGUGCCAUGGCUGUUGUCACCAAGACCGGCUUUGAGACCUCUCAGGGUAGCUUGGUUCGGACCAUGAUUUACUCAACUGAACGUGUGUCGGCGAACAACACCGAGGCACUGCUGUUCAUCCUUUUCUUGCUUGUCUUCGCCCUGGCUGCCUCGUGGUAUGUGUGGGAUGAAGGUGUGCGCAAGGACCGCAAGCGCUCUAAGUUGCUGCUUGACUGUAUCCUUAUCAUCACCAGCGUCGUCCCUCCUGAGCUUCCGAUGGAACUUAGCCUGGCUGUCAACACCAGUCUGUCUGCCUUGGCCAAGUUUGCCAUCUUCUGCACCGAGCCCUUCAGGAUUCCGUUUGCCGGUCGUAUCGACGUCGCCUGCUUUGACAAAACUGGAACUCUGACUGGAGAGGAUUUAGUUGUUGAAGGCAUUGCCGGUCUUGGUCUCGGCCACUCAGGUACUGACACUCCGAAGGAGGCCGAUGGCGCUCAUACUCGCAUGGUUUCGGUUCAUGACGCUGGCAUGGAGACUACGUUGGUCCUUGCCACAGCUCAUGCUCUCGUGAAGCUUGAUGAAGGCGAGAUCGUUGGCGACCCCAUGGAGAAGGCUACCUUAAAUGCACUCGGCUGGGUUCUUGGAAAGAAUGACACCUUGACAAGCAAACCUGGCAACGCUGCCAGCUCGGGCAUCCUUGGCACUGUCCAGAUCAAGCGUCGGUUCCAGUUCUCGUCUGCCCUCAAGCGCCAAAGCUCUGUUGCUACUAUCACCGCUACAGAGGUCAAGACUGGCAGAAAGUUGCGUGGCUCCUUUGUUGGUGUCAAGGGUGCCCCUGAAACCAUCAUGAAGAUGCUUGUGACUGUCCCCGAGCAUUAUGAGGAGACUUACAAGUACUUCACUCGCCGUGGUUCUCGUGUCCUUGCGCUGGCUUACAAGCAGCUUACCACCGAGGGUGAGCUGGGGGCUAACAAAAUUAACGACCUCAAGCGGGAAAGUGUCGAAGCGGACCUCCACUUCGCUGGUUUCCUCGUUCUUCAGUGCCCUCUCAAGGAGGAUGCCAAGCAAGCAGUGCGUAUGCUCAACGAGAGCAGCCACCGUGUAGUCAUGAUCACCGGUGACAACCCCCUUACCGCUGUUCACGUCGCCAAGGAAGUGGAGAUUGUUGAUCGUGAUGUCCUGAUUUUGGAUGCCCCCGAGCACAGUGUUUAUGGAGAGGAGUCUCUCGUCUGGCGCAGCGUCGACGACAAGAUUCGCAUCGACGUUGACCCCACCAAGCCCAUCGAUCCCGAGAUUCUUAAGACCAAGGAUCUGUGUGUUACUGGCUACGCGCUCAACAAGUUCAAGGGCCAGGUUGGCUGGAAGUCUCUCCUUCGGUAUACCUGGGUCUAUGCUCGUGUGUCGCCUAAGCAGAAGGAAGACAUUCUCUUGGGCCUGAAGGACAUGGGCUAUUACACUCUCAUGGCUGGUGAUGGUACCAAUGAUGUCGGCGCCCUUAAGCAGGCUCAUGUCGGUGUUGCUCUGCUCAAUGGCACGCAGGAAGAUCUUAAUCGGAUCGCUGAGCACACUCGCAACCAGAAGAUGAAGGAACUCUACCAGAAGCAAGUCGACCUGAUGGCUCGCUGGGGCCAGCCUCCUCCGCCGGUUCCUGCUAUGAUUGCUCACCUCUACCCUCCUGGACCGUCGAACCCUCACUACCAGAAGGCCAUGGAGCGUGAAGCUCAGAAGCGCGGUGUUACUGUUGAGCAGCUCGCCAAGGUGAACGGUACCAACGUGACUAGCAACCCCGCUGGAGUCCAGCAGCAGUCCGGUCAGGAUGCGAAGAAGGCUAAGCAGGUUGAGGCAGCUAAGAAGGCAGCUAACUUUGCCGACAAGCUUACUUCCUCGCUGAUGGAAGCUGAGAUGGACGAUGAACCGCCGACUCUCAAGCUCGGUGACGCCUCGGUCGCUGCUCCGUUCACUUCCAAGCUCCGCAACGUCAUGGCCAUUCCGAACAUCCUUCGUCAGGGCCGCUGCACGCUGGUCGCUACUAUCCAAAUGUACAAGAUCCUUGCCCUGAACUGCCUUAUUAGCGCCUACAGCUUGAGCGUCCUGUAUCUGGAAGGCAUCAAGUUCGGUGAUGGUCAGAUAACCAUCAGCGGUAUGCUCAUGAGUGUCUGCUUCUUGUCCAUCUCGCGUGCUCGCUCGGUCGAGGGUCUGUCUAAGGAGCGCCCGCAGCCCAACAUUUUCAACUUCUACAUCAUUGGCUCCAUCCUUGGUCAGUUCGCUGUCCACGUGGCCACUCUCAUCUACAUUGCUCAGCUGUGCGACCAGAUCGAGCCUCGCACCGAAGUAAUUGACCUUGAAGCCGAGUUUAAGCCCUCCCUCCUCAACAGCGCAGUCUACCUCCUCCAGCUCAUCCAACAAAUUUCCACCUUCGCCGUCAACUACCAAGGCCGGCCCUUCCGCGAGUCCCUUUCGGAGAACAAGGGCAUGUUCUACGGCAUUGUGGGAGUCACGGCCAUCGCGUUCGCCUGCUCGACUGAGAUGCUGCCCGAGCUGAACGAAGCCAUGAAGCUGGUGCCUUUCAAUGAAAACUUCAAGACCAUCAUGACCACGGUCAUGAUCAUCGAUUUUGUCGCGUGCUACGUCAUUGAGUGGGUACUCAAGAAGCUGUUUAGCGACCUGCGCGCGCGCGACAUUGCUGAGCGCCGGCCGGAUCAGCUGGAGCGUGAGCGUGUUCGCAAGGAGAAGGAGGCGCGAGAGAAGGAAGAGGAGGAGGAGCGCAAGGAGAGGGAGAGGAUCGAGGCUUUUGAACGCAGGCUCGAGGAGAAGAGGACUCGGUUGGUUGAGGCUGCCGCUCAACGGGAGCAGCAACAGCAGCAAUGGGCCCAGAGGCGGUAA